GAACUGACGCUGUGAAGCAAAGCAAAACAUUUUUGCUUGGUUUCACAAUUUAGUCAGAGAUCUCCAAAUUGUCCAUCACCACACAUCAACACUGGGCAGUCUGGAGACUAUUGCAUCAACAACAGGAAAAGGAAGAGCUGAUGAGAACGACUUGCUACUGCGUGCUGUGACUAAUAUCACACAUUAUAGACAUCAGAAAUUGGAGAAGCUAGAAACGUAAUUUAGAAAUGAGUGUUAUGUUAAAUACAUACUCAAGGCAGCAAUAAUGCAAUACUCUGUCCUCUCCACUGGCACCAUGUUACCUUGUUUGUUCCUGAGAUGGAGCCUAUUGCUGACAACUACAGAAGUAUGCCGCUUAAUGAAGUCUGUUGGGUGAAGACUAUUGAACAAUUACAAAAAGACAAAUGUCUGGGUUUCAUAGCAAUGGGUGCUGAAACUUUAGUACAAGGGAAAAUAGGUCAGGACAUCACUUUGCCCUGCCAUUAUUCUGUACUUAAACAUGGGGUUACAACCAUGUGUUGGGGGCGAGGAAGUUGUCCUUCAUCUUUAUGUUCUGACCCAAUUAUCUGGACUGAUACAUCUCAAGAAAUAGUCCCUAAAUCCAGCCGUUACCAUCUGAUGGGAGAUAUUAGGCAUGGUGAUGUGUCCCUGACCAUUCUGAAUGUCACAGCAAAAGAUGCAGGGGAGUACUGUUGCCGUGUGGAAAUACCAGGCUGGUUCAAUGAUCUGAAAAUCCAUGUUCGAACUGUGAUUGAGAAAGCAGUUAGUGGGCCAAGUACAGUAGACUCCACUAAAUUUCACUUUGCUUUGGAACCAAGAUGGGUAUCUGGUACAGAACUUCCAUCACACAGUACAGAACUUCCACCUCAUAAUGUUUCUUUGUAUUUCUUCACACUGAUGAAAGAGCAAAGGAAGAAAGAACCUUCUUGGACAGGCUUAUAUGUUGGCAUUGGAGUUUGUUCAAUGUUACUAAUUGUUGUAACUUCGUUGCUACUGAAGUGGUAUUUACUCAAAAAGCAGAAGAUGACUAAUCCUGUAAGAGAACUGAAGAAAAGGCAAGGCUCACUCAGCAUUUCCAAACCGAAUAAGACUCAAGGAAUAUCCAGUGAGAGAAUACUCCUGGAGUUUGUGAAUUGUAAGCAUUGCAAGAUGUACAUGCUACUGUUUCAUUGGAUCAUGCUUCAUACUUGUAUAGUGGGCACUUCAUCCCAAAACACAGUAAGAGGAAUGGUGGGCCAAGCUAUCAAUUUGCCAUGCACCUACCAUGUCCGUUGGGAAAGUGAUCUUACUGACAUGUGUUGGGGCCGAGGCAGUUGCCCUAAAUCUAAAUGCAGUGAUGAAAUUCUUCACACAAAUGGAAGGAGAGUGACAUCUAAAACAUCAAGCCGGUACAAUCUGAAAGGCUAUGUGACUAGAGGAGAUGUAUCACUGACUAUUGAAAACCUAAAUGAAGGAGAUAAAGGACUCUACUGUUGUCGUGUUGAAAUCAGGGGCUGGUUCAAUGAUAUAAAAAAGACCCUGAAUCUUCAAGUUGAGAGAGCAACAACCACUAUCUUCACCACAACUAUAACCACCACAUCUCCGAUGACUACCACUACACCUACCACUACCUCCAUGACAACCACCCCACCAGUACCAUCUACCUUUCUCUUAACAACUAAUCCCACUUCCACAGCAACCGCUCCUGCUACUGAUGAUCUAACACUGUCCGCAUCUUCUGUGUCAAGAAACGUUGCAGUUACAACUACAGCUCCUUCCUUUCUCUUAACAACUGAACUUGCUUUGACAACAACUGCUCCUACUACUGAUGGAACAACAUUGCCCAUGUUUUCUGUAUCAAGAAGUAUUGCAGUUACGACAACUCCAUCUUUUCUCUUAACAACUAAGCCUGCUUCUACGAAAGUCCCUUCUACUACUGGUGGUCUAACACUUUCUACAUCUGUGUCAACAGCCAAUGCCUUUCUUGUAACUGCUACUCCAUUAUUAGACACUAAAUCAUCACCAACCAGUUUUCAGAAUGACUUUGUUACCACAGAGACUGAUUCUCCUUCUACAGGGCAAAUCAUAUUGGAGUUUUCCAAAGAGUAUUAUCCAGUACUGAUUCCUUCUGCUCUGGUGAUCUGCAUUCUCCCCUUGAUACUAGUGGUACGGCGAAUGAAAUGUAAAAAGAUGGGAAAAUAUGUGUCGGACGGAAUGGAAAGCUUGAACAAACAGGAAGAAGAACCUGAGCAAACACUUACUGGAACAGAAGGAGAGAAUGGACUUUUCCCCCUGUAGCAAUCAGUUCUAGCUACACAAAUACAACAUCUUGGAAAAGAAGCAUUUCAAAAGAAAGAAUCCUUAAUAAUAUAGUCUGUAAAUGAUGCCUGGGGUUUAUUGCUUCCUACUUAAUGACUAACCAUUUAGAUUUGUCACCGUUUGAAUCCUCUUCUCUGCUUUCACCUCUGUCUUUAAGCAUUCUAGGCAAAGAAUGUGCAAUUACUGCAUCUUUUGCUGAAGGUACAGUAUUACCAACAUCAAAAUAAGUUGUAAAUGAGGCUAGCCCUACCAUUAGGCAGAGGGAUACAGCCACUAAUGGCACCAGAUUUUGAAUGACACAAACUGUAGCAAGUGUGAGUUUUGUUCUCAUUUUAUUUUGAUUACUGCUGGAUUGUUGUUUAUGGGAAUUUUGCAUCAUGUAGCUAGCUUUUGCAACUAUAAAUAUUGAGUGGAAGGGAGGGGAGACCUUCCUGUUUUGCCCCAGGCAGCAGAAUAUUUUAGCCUAGUUUUGCUUCUAAACACCAUUACUUAACUGUGAUGUUAGUAGUAUCUGUAAUGGAAAUAAUAACCAUACUACCAAAGAUACAAAUUAGACCAGCUAGAGAUUCACAUUGGUAUAUUUCCAAUUAGACUUUGAGGGUCGGGGGUGUUGCUAUUUUCAUUGCCCCUAAUCAUAUUGGUUAAGAUAGUAGUUAUUCUUCAUGUAUAUACUCCAUCACUUUCUUGCUUCCAUCCUUGAUUCUUUGGUCCAAGUAAGAAUCAUGCUAGUGGUUAAUACCUAAUAUAAAAUGGUUGUUCCAUUGCUCCUAAACAAUCUAAUUCUAUAUGUGUAAUGGUUUGUAGAACAAUGUAAUGAUCCAAAUGUGUGGUUUGUGGAGUAUGUAUUCCAGGAAUUAAUCAGGCUCUUGAACAAAA